AGUUUGUUGUAAACAUUCAGUUAUGUGUGCGUCGCUGAUAGUUUUUGUUGGAAUCAAACAAAAAAGAUAGUUAAAGCACCAAUUGCGAGUUGACAAGUUACCUAGUGGUGCAUAAAUAGUGAUAAUUGGUUUAUGUGUGGACUUUUGUUUUGUUGUUCAUAUAGCGCAUGUUGUCAUUUUUUUGUUUAGUUAAGUGCAUGUCGUUAAUGAAGAAACUCUGCCCUAUUUUCAAAAAAUAAGCUAUUUUGGGAUUGCACUAAUAUUCCGGAAGCAUCCGACGAUCAUGUCAGCCCAAAAAACUUGAUGAGGCAUCUACAAAUAUGGCGAAUUUCGAUAAAUGGACUGUCUUGAAAAUCGUUGAAGUCGUAAUAGCUUUGGCCUGCUUGGUGUUCAAAAGAGUGACGGACGACGAAGCAAGAAGCCUGUCCCUCUACCUGCAGAAGUUGUCUAGAGAAUGGAGCUUGCUGAAUAACGUCACGUGGGACAGAGUUGGAAGUUCUGUAGCCGAUGUUACAUAUGGUGGUUAUUUGAUUAUAACUACUGUGCUGUUAAUAGGGAAAAUAUUUGGGGAGAUACCAACGGAAAAACGAAUAAGCGAAUUUGUUUUCCUUGGUGUUGGUGCCAUACUGUAUAUUGUUAUAGGAAGUUUGUGUUUUGCUGCCAUAGAUUCUCUUCCUACAAAUUUAAUAGACAAUGCUGCAAUAUUAGGAGCUGUAUCAGUAGUAGGAGGUGCUCUCUUUCUUCUUGACAUGGGUGCUCCCAAAGCUAAAAAGCAACCAUCACUGCCACCACCUAGUACCAAAAGACAAGUUGAAAAUGGCAACAAAAGAGGAAACCAGCGAAAUGUUGUACAGGAAAUACAGGAUAUUGAAAGGGAAGUCACAAGAUCUGAACGAGCCGUUGAUAUAGGAGAUCAACCACAAGUAGAUGGAUAUACCGCGAAACACAAGCAGAUACCUAAAACAAACGGAAUUAAAAAUGGUGGGACACAUUAUAAAAAUGGUGGGACACACGACAGACUUGAUACUACCUUCAAAGAGCCAACGAUCUUACCAAGUCGAAGUUAUAUACACCUAGAUCCAACUUCCAAAGGAUACCAGCAAAUGAAAGACGACCGCUUUGAUAUUUCUAGAGGAUUUGGCAUCUAUGGAAAAGACGUAACUGAUCAAGGCAGCGAAACUGACGAAACAGCCAGCAUACCUCCAAAAAUAGAGCUACAUUCUCCGGUGUGGAGUCAAAUUCGAAAGGGAAAAGUUUCCAAAUACGUCAUUCCUCCUGUAGUUCCUCCGCAAAGUGAAAUUAUCGAUGUUUUUGAGAAGCCUCCAAGUGGUCCGCUGGACCCUGGAUACGUACAAUAUACUGUUCAACACUGGGGCGAGUCUAAAAAGUCUGGACCAAAAACACCUAGGCACAGUCCUACUGAAGUGUAACUAUUGUAUUUAUUUUUUAUUAAAGCACAAUACAACAUAAUAAAAAAACACCUCUUAAUUUUUAUAUCUUUAUUACAUUCACCAUAUUACUGUACAAAAUAUAAACAUUCCUCAAAAAUGUGUUUGUUGUUUGAAAAACGAGUCUGUUAUUAAUUGCAGUAUGAAUGUAUAUAUCUUGCUGAAUGUAAUUAAUAUAUAUUUUUAACAUAAUAUCUGACUAUGGAACGCUUAGAAAUAUGACAAUAAUGUAUGUUACAAAAAAAUUUACGGUAAAAAUAAAUCUGGGAAAGAAUGUUAACAUUAAACGAUAAACUGUUUUAUUUACAUUGUUAGAAGCAAUUUAUGUGUGCUAAAAGUACUAGAAAAUAAGUUCAAUCAAAACCAAUUAUGUUUUUCACUUACUGGCUUUAAUAUACUUGAAAUUACAACUUAAAUAAUCAUGAGCAAGUUACUAUAAAAAUAUACCAAUGCUUUAACUCUUUAUAUUCUUUAAAACUGUUUAUAUACAAUAUCUACUAUGAUAAAUAUCUGUAGUAAUAUUACCAGUAGAUAGAAAUAUUACAUAUUAUAUAAUAAAUGAAGAAUUGAUUGAUUUUUCAUAAACAAGGUCAUUUUAUACCUUCUUGAGCAAUCCAAAAAAGAGUGAAAUAAAUAUGUUAUACUUUUUAGGAAAAAUGCACAUACAUGCCUCUAAUAAUUAUAUUAUACAGGGUGGUCCGAAUUAUAUUCGGAAAACUUCAGCAGUAUAUUCUGCAGAUAAAAAUAAGUAAAAAAGUUUCUAUAAAUUUAUGUCCUAAAAUGCUUCAUGUCGGAGAUACAGGGUGUAGAAUUUUCAUUUUUAUUUCUGUUUUUUUUCCAAAUCUGAGGCCUAUUUGUUAAAAUUGUUGUCUUGAGUGUUUUUUGACAUGAGAAAUUUGAUUUCAAUGUCAAUAUGACUUCCACUUGUAGUGGAAGCCACUUACAUUUUUUAACUGAUUUGAAGGGUAAUAACUUUUCGUCCACACCUGUAUAAAACUACUGAGUGAAAAAAUAUACAUUUCCGUCAUUUUGUACGUAAAAAAGGUAUAUUGGUAAAAAUCGGUAAGAGCAACCGUUUCCAAGAUAUUUGGAAUGGAAAUCGCCAAUACACGUCAUUAUUAACAAAAAAAUUAACAUUGUGACUAGGUAGUUAUUUGACUAAAAUGAUACAUAAAUUUGGGAACUUUUUAUUUUUUUGAGCUUAUCAUUAAUUUUUCUAGAAAAAAAUACGAAAAAACUGCUAAAAGUUUCUGCUAAAACUUUGGCCCAAAAACAUUUUAAAUUUAUUAUUUCAGACUAGUAACUGCCAAUUAUGACAUAUAGACAAUUUCGAUUCCAAAUAUCUUGAGAACCAUUAUUCAUAGCGAUUAAAAUAGAGAUAAAAAAUGACGAAAAUGUAUAUUCUUUCACUUCGUAGUGUAGUCUAAUAACUAUUUAGUCAACAUGGUUAAUUUAUAUCAAAAAUGAGAGGUAUUGAUAAUUUAGAUUCCAAAUAUCUGGAAAACCAUUACU